AUGGCCUCCAGCACAUACGCCCUCUCCGAGGAGCACAAGCAGCUCCUCGAGAAGUCCCUCGUGGACUCUGACCCCGAGGUCGCUGAGAUCAUGAAGCACGAGAUCCAGCGUCAGCGCGAGUCCAUCAUCCUCAUCGCCUCCGAGAACGUCACCUCCCGCGCCGUUUUCGAUGCCCUCGGCUCCCCCAUGUCCAACAAGUACUCUGAGGGUCUCCCCGGCGCUCGUUACUAUGGCGGCAACCAGCACAUCGACGAGAUCGAGCUUCUCUGCCAGAAGCGUGCCCUUGAGGCCUUCCACCUCGACCCCGCGAAGUGGGGUGUCAACGUUCAGUGCUUGAGCGGCAGCCCUGCCAACCUCCAGGUCUACCAGGCCAUCAUGCCUCCUCACGGCAGACUCAUGGGUCUCGACCUCCCCCACGGUGGCCAUCUGAGCCACGGUUACCAGACCCCCCAGCGCAAGAUCUCUGCUGUCUCCACCUACUUCGAGACCAUGCCCUACCGUGUCAACCUUGACACUGGCAUCAUUGACUACGACCAGCUCGAGAAGAACGCUCAGCUCUUCCGCCCCAAGAUCCUCGUCGCCGGUACUUCGGCCUACUGCCGCCUCAUCGACUACGAGCGCAUGCGCAAGAUUGCCGACUCGGUUGGUGCCUACCUCGUUGUCGACAUUGCCCACAUCUCUGGUCUCGUUGCCUCCGGCGUCAUCCCCACUCCUUUCGAGUAUGCCGAUGUCGUCACCACCACCACUCACAAGUCCCUCCGUGGUCCCCGUGGUGCCAUGAUCUUCUUCCGCAAGGGCGUCCGCUCCGUUGAUGCCAAGACCGGCAAGGAAACCCUCUACGACCUCGAGGACAAGAUCAACUUCUCCGUCUUCCCCGGGCACCAGGGCGGCCCCCACAACCACACCAUCACCGCUCUUGCCGUUGCCCUCAAGCAGGCCGCCUCCCCCGAGUUCAAGGCUUACCAGGAGAAGGUUGUUGCCAACGCCAAGACCCUCGAGAGAGUCUUCAAGGAGCAGGGCCACAAGCUCGUCUCUGACGGUACCUACUCCUACAUGGUCCUCCUCGACCUCCGCCCCUUCGCUCUUGACGGUGCCCGUGUCGAGGCUCUCUUCGAGCAGAUCAACAUGACUUGCAACAAGAACCGUCCCCGGCUACAAGAGCGCUCUUACCCCUGGUGGUCUCCGUAUUGGCACUCCUGCUAUGACCUCUCGUGGCUUCGGCGAGGCCGACUUCGAGCGCGUCGCCAAGUAUAUCGACGAGAGCAUCAAGCUCUGCAAGGAGGUCCAGGCUGCUCUCCCCAAGGAGGCCAACAAGCUCAAGGACUUCAAGGCCAGGGUUGCCUCUGGCGAGGUUCCCCGCAUCAACGAGCUCAAGAAGGAGAUCGCUGA